CUUUGCUUAUCACCCAGUAGGAACCGGUGGAAGAUACUGUUUUCAUGACCAUUUUAUGUCUGAACAUCUCAGGAAACCAUCACAUUCAACGUCUGAACCAUGAACAAACGAAAACUGAGUCUCAAGUGGUUUGGGAGCCUCACCAAUAUCUCCACCCGCCGCACACCGGAGAAGGCCAGUAUCCGGGCGGCCCCGGAGCACGACGGGAGCUUCGCUGGUGCCAAGGCGGCAACGGCGGACGACGCGGAGUCCGGCCCGCACGGCCCCAGCUAUGCCCGCUCCAGCGACAUGUACACACAUGUGGGCACUGUGCCCCGCAGUGAGAGGCAGAAGAAGAGCAGCAGGGGAAUGAGGGAGCAGAGGAAGAAGAAGAAAGGGGAGAAGGAGGGGGAGGAGGAGGAGGGAGCGAGCGGAGGGCAGAGCCAGUGGAAGGUGGGGGAGCAUGUCCGAGAGUCCCCCCUGCUCAGUGCACUUUCCAGCCUCAGUCUGACCAGCCUGGACCGGUCUCUGCCUGUGUCCGCAGCCGCCAGGCCGCUGCCCAGCACCCCCAAACCCAGCCGGGCUUCGCCUUUGACCUCUACACCCGAAAGCUGCCUCGGCGACCCUUCGGGAGACCCCGUCAAGAGCCGAGGAGCACCGUCGCGGAGCAAGGAUGCCUUGGAAACUUGGGGACCCGUAGAGCAGCCGCCGAACAUGGCAACUAACGGCCCCAAGGCGGUUUCCAUGCAGGACUUGUACGUGCCGAUGGACCCGAUAGCUGAGGCAGCUGGCAACCGCGCGGGCGACCAAAAGGAGAGGCGGCGGGGAGUCGCAGGUACACAGGAAACCACAGACACCGCGAACGGCUCCCACGAGGUGGCGAGUGCUGACAGCCAGCGUGACUUGAUGGACGGCAGUGGAGAAUAUGUGAAGUUCUGCAAAGAGAAGUUCUGGUUGGAGCCGCCGUCGGAGAAACAGAGGAAGCAGCUGGAGGAGGAGCUGAAGCUGAGCGGCACAAACCUGAAGAGCCACGCCUGGUACCACGGACGCAUCCCCUGGGAGAUGUCAGAGAGCCUGGUGGUGAACCAGGGGGACUUCCUCAUCAGAGACUCUCAGUCCAGUCAGGGCAGCUUUGUCCUCACCAGCCAAUGGGAGCAGAGAAGUCUUCACUUCCUCAUCAGGAAGACGGUGCUUCAGUCCAGUGAGACGUACACCCGGGUCCAGUACAGCCUGGAGGGCGAGGCCUUCGACUCCUUACCGGCCCUUGUUCACUUCUACGUGGGCAGCAGGGCGGCUCUAACCCGGUGGAGCGGAGCCCAGAUUCACCGGCCCGUGAACAGGACGCUGCCCCUCUCCUGCCUGGAGACAGCCUUCUGCACCGCCGUCAGUCCGCCGUCCUGCCACCGAGGGCUGAAGAACAGCAGCGCGAGCGGAGAGGAGAGGGUCUGUCCGAGCAGCCCUUCCUCGCUCCGCCACAGGGAGGCAGAUGUUACCAGAGAACAGGACAAGACCCUGCUGUUUGCCGGAGAAUCCUCUCUCUCGGCUCCAUACAGCCACGACACCCCCCAGUCCAGAAGCCCGUUCCUCUCCAGGCGCUCGGACACCGCCCCACUCAUGUCCUCCCUGAACUGCACCCUCCGCGGAGAGAGUAACCACAGACCCCAGCCUCAUCUGAACCAUGACUCCCCCCCGUCUGAUACAGAUGGAAGCUGCUACACGGAGCUGUACCCCAGCCCUCAGAGCUAUGUGGAGAGGCUGCAGGUGGAGGAAGGGUCCGUGGGCGUCGAUCCGCUGAGGGUGGGGGACGGGGAUGUGUACUUCCCACCGGUGGUGGAGACGGUUUCUUCUUUCAAACCGAGCAGGUACGAGUCACUGCUGAUGCCCACGGAGAAUAAGCCUUUGGAGGUGGGCAUUCUGCGGAGGGUGAAGGAGCUCCUGGCCGAGAUCGACCCCAGGACGGCGGCAAAACAUAUCACCAAGGCUGACUGCAUGGUGGCCAGAAUUUUGGAGGUGACUCCGGAGAUGCAAAGGAUGAUGGGAGUUAGCUCUGGGAUGGAGCUGCUCACGUUGCCACAUGGCCAGCAGCUGAGACUGGACCUGCUGGAGAGGUUCCAGACCAUGGCGACCAUGUUGGCCGUGGAUGUGCUGGGCUGCACGGGGACGAACGAGGAGCGGGCUGGUCUGAUCCAUAAAAUCAUCCAAAUCGCCGCCGAGCUCAAGAGCACCAUGGGCAACAUGUUCGGUUUCGCUGCGGUGAUGAGAGCCUUGGAGCUGCCGCAGGUGUCCCGUCUGGAGCAGACCUGGAUGGCGCUACGACAGCGACACACAGAGGGCGCUAUUCUCUACGAGAAAACUCUGAGGCCGUUUAUGAAGAGUCUGAACGACGGGAGAGAAAGCUGUGCACUGUCCAACACCACCUUCCCCCACAUCCUGCCCCUCCUGUCUCUGCUGGAGAAGAGUGCUGCGGUGGGUGAGGGGACGGAGCCUUGGGAGACGGUGGAAGCCGGUGUGGACGUGGUCAUGUUCCACCUGGGGGCGGCGAGGACCGUCGCACAGCUGGGCGGAAUCUACCGAUCCAACGCCGAGAGCAAACUGCAAGGUUUCCAGGAGCAGGCCGAGGUCCAGGAGCUCUUCCUGACCGACUUCCAGAUGAGGCUGCUGUGGGGUAGCAGGGGAGCCACGGAGAACCAGGGUCUGCGAUACGGCAAGUUUGACCAGGUGCUGACCGCCUUGUCCAACAAGCUGGAGCCGCCUGUCAGAUCGCUCUGACCCGAGAGCUGUUUUUAACAACUGUUUGUCCAGGAUGAGUCCCGUCAUAUUCUCAUUCCUCCAUGGGACGGUCUGUCGGACAUUGAGCAGCUCCUCCUAGUAGCUGGAGCUCUGAUGCUUUGCUCAAAGGCAGCCGGAAGGUCGUUAAAAAGGUGAUGGCGUCCAAAAGAGGAAGCCUCCGGCCACAAACAGGCUUCAUAAGCAUUUAGACUCUGGGCAUGUAGAGCAGACUCAAAGAGUACACAUCCCUUGUCAGUCAAGAUCUGCCCAGAUGCAACAGACAGACACUUGAAAGGUGAAACAAACGUUCCACCUGGUUCUCUGCAGCUUGCUGGGAUUCAGAUUCCUGAUCAAAAGCACUCCAGCAGGAUGAAUGUUGGCCUCAGAGUGCUAAAUGCUAGGUGGUUAAUUUCUCGCUCUCUCUCUCUCUGACUCAGGGCAGAGUGAAGCUCAGAUUUUACGACUCUCUCUCAAAGUCUGAGCUGUUGACAAGAAUUAUGAGUUUGGAACGAACCACUGGAUGCAGGGUGGUGGAGCCACUGGGAGAACGUGGCACUACAGGACCCUGAUACGGACUGCAAUUAUACAGCGCUUUUCUCGUCUUAUCCACCACUCAAAGCGCUUUACACUACAUGCCACAUUCACCCGUUCACACACACACGCACACUGAGGCCAAAGCCAUCAGGGCAAUUUGGGGAUCGGUAUCUUGCCCAAAGACGCUUUGACACGCGGACUGUAGGAGCCGGGGAUCGAACCACCGCCCUUGUGGUUAGCGGACCUGAACUGGGGACUUGUACCACUUUAAUGUUUCAAAGUGCCUGGGUCAGAAAUCAGCAUGUAAUCCCGCCAGCAUCUUUUAUUUAAAAUGCUUAGGUGUAAAUGUGAACAUAAGGCGUCAGUGUAAAUAUGUGGUACUGUGCCAGGUUCUGUUGCCUUAUCGUGCUUUUGUUCUGCAGCAGAAAAAAAAAAAAGUCCGUCACAAGAAGCCUGUGAUGAGGCUGAGCCUCAGUCUGUUACAUUCAUGUAUAGAAAUGUUUUUAUGUCUGCCUGAAGGCUGGACCUUCCCUAAACCUACAAAUGCACCAGCUGUAUGGCAUCGUUUAACAUUGUAUAACCCAAUAUUAGAAGAAUGUUGUAUCUACAUUUCUACAGUUGCAGUUUUUGUAUGAUGUUUAUUCUAAUGUGUUAAUUAUUAGGAUUUUCUAAUUUGAAGAGAAUAUUUAAUGUAAUCUGGGAUGAGAUUACACUCAGUGCCGGGGUCAGUUCAGUCAGUUCAGAACUUUCGUUUUCUUUUUUUAAACAUCUUCUUUCUCAUUGUUUCCAUUAUCACUCACACUGUUAUCUCACAUUAUCACUGAGUGAAAUGGAAUGAAAACAGUGAACUGAGAGUGAACUGACCGUAACCACACAGGUGCAGAACAUUUCUAUUACCUUACAUAGUAUUAAUGUCUAAUAUUUAUCUGAAAUGUAAAUAAACAUGUUUACCUC